AAUGAUGAGAUGGCAAAAGAAGAGAAAGCACCUGUGAAAGAGAAGCAUGUUCCAAAACCGAAGGCAAUCCCUUCUCUUGGAAACAAGAAUAGAUUCCAUCCAUAUUCAAAGGAGAAAAAUGCAGGCACUGGAGAGAAGAAAACUACCAAUCGUAAUAGAGUUUUCAUUAGCAACAUCCCAUAUGACAUGAAAUGGCAAGCGAUUAAAGAUCUUAUGAGAGAGAAAGUUGGUGAGGUUACAUACGUGGAGCUGUUUAAGGAUGCUGAAGGCAAAUCAAGGGGUUGUGGUGUGGUUGAAUUCAAAGAUGAAGAUUUUGUUAAGAAAGCAUUAGAAGCUAUGAACAAAUACGAUCUUAGUGGAAGACCCCUGAAUAUUAAACAGGACCCUGAAGGUGAACAUGCUCGUAGGGCAUUACAGCGUGCAGGAGGACAGUUUCCAGGAGGCCGUGGACCUGAUAUGACACCUGGAUUAAUGAAUUUACCACCUUCUAUUCUCAAUAAUCCAAACAUUCCUCCUGAGGUUAUCAGUAACUUGCAAGCAGGCAGGCUUGGGUCCACUAUUUUUGUUGCUAAUCUUGACUUCAAAGUCGGCUGGAAGAAACUGAAGGAGGUUUUCAGCAUUGCUGGGACUGUUAAACGUGCAGACAUCAAAGAAGACAAAGAUGGCAAGAGUCGUGGAAUGGGAACAGUUACAUUUGAACAAGCAAUUGAAGCUGUUCAAGCAAUAUCUAUGUUCAAUGGACAGUUCUUGUUUGAUAGACCCAUGCAUGUAAAAAUGGAUGACAAAUCAGUUCCUCAUGAAGAUUUCCGCGUUGCAGACAGCAAAGCUUCUCACUUACCUCGUGGUCUUGGUGGCAUUGGUAUGGGACUUGGACCAGGUGGACAGCCCGUCAGUGCGACACAAUUGAGCAUGGGUGGUGGAAUGGGCAGUAUAGGUCCAGGAGGACUUGCUGGCUUUCGUGGAAUGGAAGGAAUGGCUAAUAUGAGAGGACUUGGAGUUGGCCGAAUGGGAGAAAUGUUCCAUGGUGGAAUCGGAGGAAAUAUAGACAGAGAUUUUGUGCGUAGUGAGAUGGCAUUGAACCGUGGUUUCGGCAAUUCUUUUGGAAGGAUGAGUGGUGGAAUGGGUGGUAUGCCUGGCAGAAUGGGAAUGGGGAUGGAUCGGCUGGGUUCUGGUUUUGAUCGAAUGGGACCGGCUCUGGGUGGAGGCCUGGACAGGAACAUCGAUAUGGACCGAGGAUUUGUGGCUGGCCCGAUGGGAGGCGCCAUGAGAGAGCGAUUAGGCUCUAAAGGCAACCAGAUAUUUGUCAGAAAUCUUCCUUUUGACUUGACUUGGCAGAAGCUAAAGGAGAAAUUCAGUCAAUGUGGUCAUGUAAUGUUUGCAGAAAUAAAAAUGGAGAAUGGAAAAUCAAAAGGUUGUGGAACAGUCAGAUUUGACUCACCAGAAUCUGCUGAAAAAGCCUGUAGGAUAAUGAACGGCAUAAAAAUCAGUGGCAGAGAAAUUGAUGUACGCUUGGAUCGCAAUGCGUAACUUAAACCUGUAUGUUCAGGAACAUUCCUAUGUCUGUUUAGCCUCUCUAUCCUAGUAAGUCAUUUUUAGUAACACUGUAUGCUUACAAAAGUUGUAAAAAUGAACUUUUAAAUCCCACCAGCCUUUAACAGUAUAGUGUUUAAUAUACUGUGAUACUUGUUAACUGAAUCUUAAAAUGUUUGGUUUUUAAAGACAAUUUGCCUGAUUUUUUUUUUGUUUUUGUUUUUUUAGAGGCACUGAGCUACCUGCAGGUCCCAUUAGACAGUGGGAGCUUUGGCAGCUCAGCACCUUUGGAAAAUUAGGCCAAGUGUCUCUAGUCAUUCAGUUUAAAUGAAUGGUUAUACUGUUUUUAAUAAGAUAAGCCAUUUUCUCUGUUAGUCUCAAGAUUGCAUAGUGGGACUUGUUUAGCGUUUUCUGAUUUUCCCCAGCUUGUAUCAACAUUGUAAGGUAAAACUAGAUGCCUUUUUUUUUUGAGAAUUUUGGUUUUAUAUGUGUGUUGCAGUCAUAGCAUAAUUCUUGACUAUAAAAGAAAGGGCUCCAAAUAGGCUGUGAUGUUUUUGCUCUACUUUAGUUCUACUUAAUAUUACUUUAAUGCCAUCAGUCAGUUCUGUAAAUAAGAUUUAGAGCCCAGUGGGAGAGUGGAUUUUUUUUUUGACUAAAUGAAGAAACUGAUCUUUCUCUAUUGCUUUUAUUUUUUGUUCAGUAUAAUCGUUUAUUAAAACUAGUUACCACAGACCCUUGUAGGAUUGUUCCCUAUGAUGCCAAGUUCAUACAAAAUUGAUACUACGGUAAAUACUAAAUACAGUACAAGACAGAUUGCUCCCAAUUUUUUAUCUAUUUUCCAGCCAUUCAGGUGAACUGCCAGAAAAAUAAAAACAACAGAACAGAUGAGAGAAAUGGCUGUGUAUGUCAAACCACUGCUGUUCACUUCUAUGGGUCCUGAUGUAUUUAUGAAUGCAGUUUUUAUAAACCAGGGUAUUCCCAAGCACAGCAUGUCAAAUACAUUGGAUCCUACAAUGUUAGACAUAGCCAUAUCUCCAUUUCCUGCAAAACAAAA